AUGAGGGUGCUCUGUGCCUUCCCUGAAGCCAUGCCCUCCAGCAACUCCCGCCCCCCCUCGUGCCUAGCCCCGGUGGCUCUCUUCUUGGCUCUGUUGCUCCAUCUCUUCCUUUCCUCCCAAGCUGGAGACAGGAGACCCUUGCCUGUAGACAGAGCUCCAGGUUUGAAGGAAAAGACUCUGAUUCUACUUGAUGUGAGCACCAAGAACCCAAUCAAGACAGUCAAUGAGAACUUCCUCUCUCUGCAGCUGGAUCCGUCCAUCAUUCAUGAUGGCUGGCUCGAUUUCUUAAGCUCCAAGCGUCUGGUGACCUUGGCCCGGGGACUUUCGCCCGCCUUUCUGCGCUUUGGGGGCAAACGGACUGAUUUCCUGCAGUUCCAGAACCUGAGGAACCCGGCGAAAAGCCGCGGGGGGCCCGGCCCGGAUUACUAUCUCAAAAACUACGAGGAUGACAUUGUUCGAAGUGAUGUUGCCUUAGAUAAACAGAAAGGCUGCAAGAUUGCCCAGCACCCUGAUAUUAUGCUGGAGCUCCAGCGGGAGAAGGCAGCUCAGAUGCAUCUGGUUCUUCUAAAGGAACAGUUCUCCAAUACUUACAGUAAUCUCAUAUUAACAGCCAGGUCUCUAGACAAACUUUAUAACUUUGCUGAUUGCUCUGGACUCCACCUGAUAUUUGCUCUAAAUGCACUGCGUCGUAAUCCCAAUAACUCCUGGAACAGUUCUAGUGCCUUGAGUCUGUUGAAGUACAGUGCCAGCAAAAAGUACAACAUUUCUUGGGAACUUGGUAAUGAGCCAAAUAACUAUCGGACCAUGCAUGGCCGGGCAGUAAAUGGCAGCCAGUUGGGAAAGGAUUACAUCCAGCUGAAGCGGCUAUUGCAGCCCAUCCGGAUUUACUCCAGAGCCAGCUUAUAUGGCCCUAAUAUUGGGCGGCCCAGGAAGAAUGUCAUCGCCCUCCUAGAUGGAUUCAUGAAGGUGGCAGGAAGCACAGUGGAUGCAGUUACCUGGCAACAUUGCUACAUUGAUGGCCGGGUGGUCAAGGUGAUGGACUUCCUGAAAACUCGCCUGUUAGAUACACUCUCUGACCAGAUUAGGAAAAUUCAGAAAGUGGUUAAUACAUACACCCCAGGAAAGAAGAUUUGGCUUGAAGGUGUGGUAACCACCUCAGCUGGAGGCACAAACAACCUCUCAGAUUCCUACGCUGCAGGAUUCCUAUGGUUGAACACUUUAGGAAUGCUGGCCAAUCAGGGCAUUGAUGUUGUGAUACGCCACUCAUUUUUUGACCAUGGAUACAAUCACCUCGUGGACCAGAAUUUUAACCCAUUACCAGACUACUGGCUGUCUCUCCUGUACAAGCGCUUGAUCGGCCCCAAGGUCUUGGCCGUGCACGUGGCUGGGCUCCAAAGGAAGCCGCGGCCAGGCCGAGUGAUCCGGGACAAACUGAGAAUUUAUGCUCACUGCACAAACCACCACAACCACAACUAUGUUCGGGGGUCCAUCACACUUUUUAUCAUCAACCUGCACAGAUCAAGAAAGAAAAUCAAACUGGCUGGGACUCUCAGGGACAAGCUUGUGCACCAGUACCUGCUGCAGCCCUACGGACAGGAGGGCCUGAAGUCCAGGUCAGUGCAGCUGAACGGCCAGCCCUUGGUGAUGGUGGACGAUGGGACCCUCCCUGAAUUGAAGCCCCGCCCCCUGCGGGCCGGCAGGACAUUGGUCAUCCCUCCAGUCACCAUGGGCUUUUAUGUGGUCAAGAAUGUCAACGCUUUGGCCUGCCGCUACCGAUAAACCGCCCUCA